AUGUCGAGUGCAACAAAACGUAAGCAUGUUACAAAAGAAUCACAGGAAGAGUGUCUCACUGUACCUGAAGAGUCACAAUCAAUAGUACAAGUAAUUGAAUCAAAAGGCAAUAAUCUUCAUGAAGUUAUGGAAAGUUCUGGUGCCCAAUAUUUAGUAUCAAUGCCAGGAAAGUUUAGACGUAAUAUAUGGGUCAAAAGAGGAAAUUAUGUUAUUGUUGAGCCAAUACCAGAGGGAGACAAAGUCAAAGCAGAAAUUGUUAAAAUCCUCACAAAGGAUCAUAUUAAAUUUUUUCGAGCGAAUAAUUGUUGGCCAAAUAAAUUUGAUAAUGAUUUAAUAACAUCAGAAAGUAAAGAUCCAAUUAAACAUGAUGAAAGUAAUUCACAAAGUGAAGAUGAUAAUGAUGAUGAUCUUUUUGUAAAUACAAACAGGCAACAGCCACAUCAAAACACCGAUUUGCAAUUUGAUGAAAGUUCAGACUCGAGUGAUUCAGAUUAAAAGCAUAUUUUUUUUUCUUCAAAGUAAUAAUAAUUAAAUGUUUUUUAGAUAAAUAUUGUAUUUUUUUUUCUUUUUUUUCGU